AUGGAGACACCAUCACGAAAUCCCCAAAACCCUAAACCACAAACAGAACAAGACUUAUUAGAAACCCUAACAAAAAUCCUAACUUCAGAAAAUCUCUCCCUUGAAUCCGUAAACCCGUACAUACCCCUCCUCUCCACAAACCCUAACCUCUUAAUCUCUCUGCUCAAUUCAGAAACUCUAAUUCAAAACCCUAACAAUCUCCUUCAGUUUUUUAAAUACCUCCCUCCUUCAAUUACUCACAACUCACCUCUUCCUCUACUCUAUUUUCUCCCUUCUGUUCUUCGGUGCCGCCAUUUCAACACUGCCAGAUCCCUUCUUUCCUCCUUCAUCUCCGUCGACAAAUCCAGCUCCCUUCAUCGCCUCCUCCUCCAUCCCCCAAAAAUCGAUCACUCCAUUUCCCAUUUACGCAUUUCGAAGCCUCUUCUCGAUGUUUCCAUUGGAGCUUAUGCCGCGUGCGGUAGGCCCCAUCAAGCUGCGCAGAUUUUUAACAAAAUGAAGAGAUUGGGUAUGCGGCCUACGUUGCUAACUUGCAAUACUUUAUUGAAUGCUUUGGUGAGAUACCCGUCUUCGCAUUCGAUUAGACUGUCUAAAGCUGUUUUUUCUGAUUUUAUUAAGAUUGGUGUUAAGAUUAAUACGAAUAGUUUUAAUAUUUUGAUUUAUGGGUCUUGCAUGGAGGACAAGUUUGGUGAAGCGAUAAGGGCGUUAGGUAAAAUGGGGGAUUUUGGAUGUCCGCCAGAUAAUGUUACUUAUAAUACAAUUUUGGAUGGUUUGUGUAAGAAAGGGAGGUUAAAUGACGCUAGGGAUUUGUUGUUGGAUAUGAAAAAUAAAGGGUUGUUGCCGAAUAGGACUACGUAUAAUACAUUGGUUUUGGGGUAUUGUAGGUUAGGAUGGUUAAAGGAGGCAGCGAAGAUCAUUGAAUUAAUGUCGCAGAAUAAUGUGAUGCCAGAUGUUUGGACUUAUAAUGUGAUGAUUGGUGGGUUAUGUAAACACGGUAGGAUUGAUGAAGCGUUCAGGUUGAGGGACGAGAUGGAGAAUUUGAAGCUCUCACCUGAUGUGGUAACAUAUAAUACUUUGAUUAAUGGGUGUUUUGAAUGUGAGAGUAGUGAGGAGGGGUUUAAAUUGGUUGAGGAGAUGGAAAAGAGAGGAGUGAAGCCGAGUUUAGUUACAUAUAAUGUGAUGGUUAAGUUGUUUUUGAGGGAAGGGAAGAUAGAUGAAGCGCAUAAGACCGUUAGGAAGAUGGAAGAAAGUGGGUGUUUGCCAGAUGCUGUUACUUACAAUACUUUGAUAAGUUGGCAUUGUAAGGUGGGGAAGAUGGAUGAAGCAUUCAAAUUGAUGGACGAAAUGGGGAGUAAAGGUUUGAAGAUGGAUAAUUUCACUCUUAAUACUAUGCUUCAUGCCCUCUGUGGGGAGAGGAAGCUUGAUGAGGCGCACGACUUGCUUUGUAGUGCUCGUAGGAGAGGCUAUUUUGUGGAUGAGGUUAGUUAUGGCACAUUGAUCACAGGAUAUUUUAAGUAUGAAAGGGCAGGUGAAGCUUUGAAGCUUUGGGAUGAGAUGAAGGAGAAAGAGAUCAUUCCAAAUACUAUCACCUAUAACUCUAUGAUUGCAGGCUUAUGCCAAAUGGGAAAAACUGAUCAAGCAAUAGACAAACUGAAUGAACUUCUGGAGAGUGGUUUGUUCCCUGAUGAAAUUACAUACAACACGAUUAUUCAAGGAUAUUGCCGGGGUGGUCAAAUUGAGAAAGCAUUUCAGUUCCACAACAAAAUGGUUGAGAAUAACUUUAAGCCAGAUGUAUUCACUUGUAAUAUUCUUCUUAGUGGGCUUUGCAAAGAAGGUAUGCUUGAAAAAGCUCUUAAGCUCUUCAACACAUGGAUUUCAAAGGGCAAAGAUGUUGAUGUCAUUUCAUACAACACAAUAAUUUCAGCUCUUUGCAAAGAAAGGAGAUUUGAGGAAGCCUUUGAUUUACUUGCAGAAAUGGAGGAAAAGAAACUAGGGCCUGAUUCUUAUACAUAUAAUGCCAUUCUCAUUGGACUUACUGAUGCUGGAAGGUUUAAGGAUGCAGAGGAGUUUGUAUCAAAAUUUGCAGAGAAAGGAAAAUCGGAGGAUCAGUUCUUAGAAUUGGGAAAGAUGCAGGAUGUGAGGAGCAUUGAGAUUCCUCAGGAAUCUCAUCCAAAUGCGAUUGCUUAUUCCAACCAGAUUAAUGAGCUUUGUUCUGAAGGGAGAUACAAGGAUGCAAUGAAAAUUUUCCAUGAAUCAGCUCAAAAAAACGUCACCUUACUUAAAUCUGCUUACAUGGAUCUGAUGGAUGGGCUUCUUAGGAGGAGAAAAAGCAUAUCAAAAAGAGCGUUAUCGUAG